UACGCAUCUCUGCGCAGUUGUCAGCACUGUUCAUGAAGUUCCCGGAUGUACGGGGUUGGUCGAGGGAGGUGGGAGGAAUGAGUCCUAUUAAAUUACCAAUUAAAGUUUAAAAAUCACUGCCAACCGCCUUAUUUUUUGUACAGUAAUGGGUACUUGAGUACCCAUAGAGCAGUGAAGGUGACUUUCAGGUGCCAUAGGAGUUGGAGGUGCUUAAGCGGUCCAAAUUUCUUGAGAUGGUUGAGCAACACUUUUGUUUGCGGUGGAACAAUUACCGCACCAACAUCACCGCGGAGUUUGAGGUGCUCAGAGAAGGCGAACAUUUUGUUGACGUCACACUUGCGUGCGAUGGACAGCAACUCAAGGCCCACAAAGUUGUCUUGUCUGCAUGCAGCCCUUACUUCAAAGACCUCUUGCAGGGCAACCCCUGCAGCCACCCCAUCAUCAUCCUGCGUGAUGUUGGCUACGUCCACAUGCGGGGCCUGCUGGAGUUCAUGUACGCAGGGGAGGUGAACGUAUCACAGGCACAGCUUGGGGCCUUCCUGCGCACUGCUGAGGCCCUCAAGGUCCGAGGCCUUGCAGAAGCCCCGGCCCCACCCAGCUCAGUGCAGCAGGUGGCAGCGGCUGCAGCAGCUGCAGCAGCCGUCACCAACUCUGUUGUAGACUUGCUAGCUCUCAACUCAUCUAUAGGAAGCCUGCCUCUGGGUUCACUCUCAUCCCACAUGCCGCCUUUGGUCGGCUCGUCUUUACACUCCAAUGCUUUACUGGACUCCAGCAAGCGGCAGUGUAGUCCUGCGUACUCGCGAUCAUCUGGUAGCCUUGGACUUAUAGACACCAACACCAAGUGUGAAGCAGCCAGUAAUGAUGAACAUGAGCCGUUGCCUCUCACGGUCAACAAUGACACUAAAAUAAAGGAGCGAUGCUCUCCUCCACAGCGCUGCAAUAAGCGCUUGAAGUACAGCAGCAGCAGAGAACCGAGUCCAGAUUCUCCUACUCGCUCCUAUUACCCCAGUAAUGGCUCCUCCGCUGCAGUCUCCUCAGACUCCCGAGCUCUGCCUACUCCUGACGACGAUGCUGACGCAGGAGACGAGCAGCUCGCACAUGACCUAUCCUCCAACUCCAGGAAACGUCACCUCAGUGGCACUGUAGCUUCUCAUGGGGCCAACGCUAACGGCGGGGACCUGGGGGUGCAUACAUCCAGGCCUCCUUCUCUCGCUCCUUCCUCCCCUCCCUCACAUCACAUGCAAUGUAUAAUGGCAAGCCCUGGCUGGCCCGACGACAACAACAGCGUCGGCAGCGACGGUGAACUCGACCCCCACGACCCUUCCGCUGACAACGGGGGGCCCUCGUUACUCAUACCGGGCCUGAGGGUACCUGCAUCGGGAGCAGGUCCUCCCUCCAGCAUGGCCCUGCAACAGCCAUCAUCGUCUCCCCCGUCAUCCAUGCAGCAGCAGCAGCACGCCAUGCAUCGCCCUCCUCCAUCACAGGAAUCUCAUCUGGCCGGAAUAAUGCGCAGCUUUGAACCGCUGCCCUGCCCCAUCUGCAAGCGAUCCUAUAGCUCGCCCGGCAACCUCAAGCAACACAUUGAGAACAUUCACAUGCCUACUUCUCAGCCUAGCUUUCAAUGCCGUAUUUGUAACAACAAGUUCAAGAGUAAAUGGUAUCUCCAUAAACAUCUUCAUCGCGCUCAUCAUAUCAGGGGCAGAAAGGAACCUUGAUCCAUACUUUAUUAACUAUUCUGCUGCUUAUAAUAAUAUAUUUUAUUGCAUGCUUUCUAACCUUGAACCUAACUUGUAUGACCAUUGAUCAUCCAUCCUCAUUUUGUCUUUUUGUUGUUGUUGCUUAUGUUGUUAUUAGUUUUCUGUUAUUAUAUUUCCUGGCUUGGGUUGUUAAUGUGAAUGCAUCCUUGCUCGUUCAGGAACUCUAUCCUGUUGAAACUUUUCUCUUUGUUUACUUCCCAAAAGGAUUCUGUUCGUCAGUCUAUCCUCAAUCUGGCUCACUGCAAGGCGACUGUUCCCUUCAGAUCAAUCGAAGAAAGGCUCUUUAAAACUUGUACGUGUCAAGGAAGACGAGGUGAAGUGAAACUAAGAAAUUAUGCUUCAUAGUAUCUCAGAUACAACUUUAAAUAUACUCGGUGAUUUGAUUCAGAUCAAUUGAUGCAAGGCUCUUUAAAACUUGUACGUGUCAAGGAAGACGAGGUGAAGGGAAACUAAGAAAUUAUGCUUCAUAGUAUCUCAGAUAGCACUUUAAAUAUACUCGGUGAUUUGAAUCAAGGCGUUGUAAGUCUAUUGAGCAGAAUUUGAGACAAAAUUCUCCCUAGUGUGAUCGGUUGAGCCACUUUCCUGGUAAUCCUGGCCUUAUCUAUCAAUUUCUUGUGGAGGCUCAGAAUAUAAUGUGUAAUAUGUAGCAAUAUUCAAUUGAUGUUAAAGCAACAAGCACAAGUUAAAGGUCAUGUUUAAUCAUUAAUUUUACCGAAGUUGACUCACUGGAGGUUUUAAUUAAGUUACUUGAUGGAAUCGAGGGCAAUGAAGAGAAGUGAUAUAUCAUUGGCGACAUAAGAAAAUGACAUGAGAUUGUUUGAUUUAUG